AUAUGAGACAUUGAGGAAAAGGAGUCAGUGUGAUGACAAUGAGAUCUAUCUGGGUGAAACGUCUAUUCGUUUUAUUGGGAUGUAUAUUAUUCCUCAGCUAUUUAUCUGUGAUUUGGAGGAAUGCAUCCGAAAAUAAUACACUGGAUACUAAGGAAGACAAAACUAUUGAAAUUGUGAAGAGAUUUUCGGAUUUGGAUAGAAGCAUCAACCAAAUAUACUUUUCAUUCAAAAACUUUGAACAAAAGCAGAAUGCUAUUGUGAAAAUACUAAUGGACGAAAGAGAGACAUUUAAGGACCAGAAGAUUGUGCCAGCACCCACCAAAUUGAAGCCAGAGCAGAGAAUCCGCAAUGAAAAAAAGCCCCUGCAUGAGGAGAAAAAGGCUUCCAAACUGUACCCCAAAUCUCCAUUGUUUAAGAACUGGGGGGAGAAUCUCUCAGAAGAGGACCAGAAGGAGGCACAGGCUUUGUUUGAGAAAUAUGGCUACAACGUUUUCCUCAGUGAUCGCCUGCCUCUCAACAGAGUGCUCCCUGACACACGUCCACCAAAAUGUGGGCAGAAGAAAUACCCCAAGGAACUUCCCAGUAUUGCUGUGGUUCUGAUCUACCUAGACGAGGCCCUGUCUAUCAUUAAGAGAGCCAUGCGCAGCAUCGUCGACCGAACCCCUGAGCACCUACUGAGAGAGAUCAUUCUGGUGGACGACAACAGCUCCAACGAUGAUCUGAAGGAGGAUCUGGAUAUCUAUGUGAAAUCCAUCGAGGCACAGAAUCCCGGGCUUCGCGUGGUCAAAGUCAAACAUACUGAAUCUCUGGGUUUAUCUCAAGCUCGCAUCUCUGGGUUUAGAGCUGCUACUGCGGAUGUGGUUGCUAUUCUAGAUGCUCACAUCGAGGUUCACAUUGAGUGGGCGGAGCCUCUUCUGACUCGUAUCAAAGAAAACAGGACGGUGGUGGUGUCCCCUGUGUUUGACAGGGUGAACUACUAUGACCUGGAUGUUGUCCAAUACCAACCAGCAGCCCAUGCUUUUGACUGGGCUCUGUGGUGUAUGUAUGAGUCCUUCAGACCUGAGUGGUACCAUCUCAAUGACACAUCACUGCCAGGAAAGAGUCCCUCUGUCAUGGGAAUCUUGGUGGCGGACAGGAAAUUCCUGGGAGAAAUUGGAGGCCUCGACAGUGGAAUGAAAGUGUAUGGAGGGGAAAAUGUUGAGCUUGGUGUGAGGGUAUGGCUGUGUGGGGGCAGUAUAGAGAUUAUCCCUUGUUCUAAAAUUGCCCACAUUGAGAGGAGCCACAAGCCUUACAUGCCUGACCUGAGCAUGGCAAUGAAGAGGAACGCGCUGAGGGCAGCAGAGAUCUGGAUGGAUGAGUACAAAACUAAUGUAAAUCUCGCCUGGAACAUUCCCAUGAAGGAUCAUGGAAUUGAUAUUGGUGAUGUGUCUGAGAGAAAGAUGCUCAGAGAAAAAUUGAAAUGCAAGCCCUUUAAGUGGUACCUGGACAAUGUGUAUCCUCAGUUGGCACCAUGGGACAACAUACUUGGCUAUGGAGGGAUGAAGAACUUGGAUGCAAAAAUGUGUAUUGACCAAGGGCCUGUUCCAGGUCAUACACCCAUAGCAUAUGAGUGCUACUACUAUGGCCCACAGCACACAUACUACACCAGUAAUGGUGAGCUUUACAUUGGUGGCAUCAAGUCCCACAAGUAUAAUGACAACAGAUGUUUGGCUGACAGUGGGGAAGACAGUGUUCCUGAUCUUUACAACUGUAAGGAGGCUGUGAAGAAGGGCAUGGGCAUUCUCUGGUCCUUUACACAGGGAAAAGAAUUCAAGAACAAACAAACAAACAGAUGUUUAGAAGUAAAGGAACGCAAACUUGUGAUCCAGAGCUGCACUGGCCAGACAUGGGAAAUACAAAAUAUCAUCAAGUCCUUCUAA